AUGACAUCAUUUAAUACAAAGAAUUCUCUUAUUGAAAGAUUAGCAAAUCAGACUUAUUUAUCUGAUGAUAAUCGAUCAAAUUCCGAACAACGAACUCGACAACAAGAUUUCUAUGAUCAAUAUUCAUCAUCAUACAAUGAUUCACAUUAUUGGCAUGGAAAUAAUUCAAAUUCAUAUGAUUUUUAUGGUUCAACACCGGUGGUAAUUCCUCAAUUUCAACAUCCAUCUCAUACACUUUUACAACAAAAUGGUUUUACUCAACAAGUUUAUCUUAAAUAUAAACAAGAAUGUCUUGAUAGUAAAAAAAAAGAUUAUUAG